AUGAAUGCCUCUCCUAAUUGUUAUAAAGACCCAAAUAAUGUUAGAAAUUGGUGGGUAGUUAGAAAACUACCAGGUAGUAAUCAUUACAUCUACUUUGAUGAUACAGGUGCCAUUGAAGGUGGUUCAGAGUAUCGUGACAGAUUAAGUUUACUCGUAUCGAGAUUAGGUGAACAAGGUACUGAAUACUUUGCAUUUAAUAAUAAACCUUAUUACAAUGACUUUGAGGAGGAGACAACAACCAAACCACCAAGCUACGGAGAGGUUGCACCAACAGUCAUUAAACAACUAAUUCAGAGGACUGAAUCGCUCAAAUCCCUUUCCAAGGGUAUCGUAUCGUACAGUACAUCAAGUAGAUCAGGUUACUAUUUAAAGCAUUCGUUACAAGGAUUCCCAGUACCUAUUAGACCAUCUACUACAGAAUCACCAUCAGCGUCAUCAUCUGUCAAGACACCACUCACACAUCCAAAUGAAUGGUUACCAACAGACUUUGUAACCGAUCCAAAGGAGAUAGAUACUACUAGUCUUUCGUACGGACACAUCUUUAUCUGUCAAUCGUUUGAUAAUAUCGAUACAAGUCAAAUUGCUAAAGCAUUGGAUGCAGCCGAUCCAUACAUUUAUGCUACCAACAUUGUAGAUAGUGCCUCUAGAUCGUUGCUUUCACCUUUAUUUAUCGAAAAUAGAGUACCUGCAAGCACGUCCACUUCGUCUGACGGUAGAAUUAAAUCAUCUUCAAGUAUUACAUCUCUUUGGCAAUCAACAGCUUCAACUUUAAGUUUAAGUUUAACUUUACCUUUAAAAUAUAAAAUGAAUGGAGUUAAAAAUAUUAUUGAAGUAAAGAUUCCAAAUAGAUUUUCAGAGGUGUUUGGUAUUCCAGUUGGUUCAUCACAAUUCUCAUCAAAUCUAGAGAUGAAUAGUAUUGCAUUCUCGGAUUCCAAUAUUUUGGAAAGUGGUACACUUUGUGUUGGUGAUUUUGGUUAUGCAACCACUCAACCAGGUACCAUUGUAUGUAUUGCACAAGUUCCAGCCAACAUUCUCAAGUUUAUGCGUAUGUGUACAAACAAGUUUGUUGUUUCGGUUGAUGGUCAAGAACAGGUGGUUACAUCACACACCACAUUCAACGGACCUUUGUUGAUUGACACGAGUUUUGUGGAAGGUGGUGGCAAGCCAAUACCACCAAGUUAUACAACACAAUACUACCAAGCAUUAUCGAGUGCUGGUAAUCUAUUGCCACAUACUGCCUACUCUCAUCUUCCAACUGACAUGCUGUCUGUUGGUUGUAAUAGACAGUGUCUCAAUAGUUUUAUGGAAGGUUUGACUCAAAGUACUGACAAGAAUGGGUUCAUUACCUACUCUGAAUCACGUUCUCAAACCAUCCAAGUUUACCUCACCUCAACAAUGCCAGGUUCUGUAGCAGUCUCUGUCGUCGGACUAGACCAAUCUCAAAAGAUUAUUCCAUUUACCCAGUUGAAAGGUGCUCUCUUCCCAAGCCAAGAUACUGAUAACAAUAUUGUCCUUGUCUAUCGUACACUCCAAAUGCUUGCAGAUAUUGUCGACAAACGAAUCAUUCAAGAAGGAUCACUCUUGAUUGACGACUUGUCAUUUAUCUUGUCCAUUGCACCUAAUAAUAUCGGUCUUGUCAACGGUCUCGCCAACACACCAAUCAACCUUGCCUCUCCAUGCAUGGAAGAGGUAUUACGUGCAUUCUCCAAUGCACUCAUCAAAUCAGUAUCCAACAAUCAACUAUACGAUGUCUCUGCAUUGUUAUUCCCAACCCCAUCCACCAUUCAUUCAGAAUCAUCAAGUUAUUUUGUUGCCUUCUAUCGUGGUCUUGUAAAUGCCAUGUCCGUGACACUUGGUCAACUUGCAUUCCCCAACACUCUACAACACAACCAUCUUUUAGAUAGUUGUACUGGCUUGCCUGUUGAUAUUGAAAACUAUCGUAACGAUCGUGAAGUAUCACCAACCAAAGGAAUCUACAACGAGGGUUGGGUAACUGCCUAUCUCUAUGAUUUGAUCGACUCUAAUGAUGAUUCUGACCAAAGUGCUCUUCCAACGACCCAACAACACCGUCGUGCCCUUUUUGAUGAUAAUUCCGAUCACCCAGUACCACUCUAUGCCAUCGUCGAAUCUAUCCAAAAGGUUGUACAAGUUUCAACUCAACCAAGUGUCCUUGACUUUACCAAUUCAUUGGUCUCCGUCCUAGGAUCCAGAAAGCUGGUUCGGGAGUUGUAUUCAAUUGAUACUAUCAUGCAAUACAAUAACAUCUUUUAUGUGUGUCCUGUGACCCCUGGUCCAGCCCCUCCCCUUCCAAGUGACAGAGACCCAACAUUACAAGAAUUCUUUAUGUCCAAGUUGGUUGGUGAUGCCGAUAUUCAUUCAUUACCAUUGCAACAAAUAGAAACCAUCCUUUCAUUGUGGGCACAAGACGACAACACACCAAUCAUGAAAAAUCAAGCUCUUCAAUAUCUUUAUUCGAGUGCGUUUAAAAAUAUGGUUGGUGAUCCAAAACUAACCAACAUCCUCAAACCUUUUGAUGCAUCAAUGUGUCAAUUUGGUUCGUUGGAUCGUCCCAUCACACCACUUGGUAUUCAACUUUUAACAAAGUAUUUGGGAAUGGUGAGAGAUAUUGGAGUCAUCGCUGAACAACAUCUUGGUGGUGUUUUAACAGUUCGAACCUACAAGGAUAUUUCAGUUGUCUUGUUUAAAGAUAAAAUAUGCUCGUUUACGGUAACCAACAAUAUUCACCAAGCAGUCAAUCAAUGUCCAUGUACCCCAAUGGUCAAAUCAAUUACACCUCUUAGUGGUCCAUUAACUCGAGUCACUCAAUUAACUAUAACUGGUCGUAAUUUGGAUAAUGCCUACUUUAAAGUAGCAGAGGUUGAUUGCAUGUCAAAUUCAGGUUCAAUCGAUCCUGGUCUAGAAACAUUGAUUUGCGAGUUUCCAACAUUUGCCGGUACCCACACCAUAACCUAUGGUAGAGAAGGUGGAGCUUCUCUUAAUUGGAUCUCAGUGACUACAUUUUCAUUCACAGUCGAUGCACCUCAAAUCAAUCGUAUUACACCCAAUUCAAACGUCCCAACAAAUAAUGCAAUGGUAGCUAUUUACGGAACCAACUUUUUCCCACCUCCUUUAACGGGUGAUGUAAUCAAUCGUGAUGGUAUUCAAUUAUUUAUCAAUCAUGUAGAAUUCCCUAUAGAGACAACAGAUCAUGUCGGAUCAGAAAACAUUAUUUAUUUUAAAACAAAUAAUGUUGGUACAAAAAAUCUAGUUUCAAUUAAGAUCAGAGGAAAAGAAUCAAAUAUGAUAAAUAUUAGAAUGUCAACACCUACAGUUUCUUCAAUUAAUAUUUUCCCAUUGACAAGUUUACGUACCAACUCUGAAAAUAUUCAAACACCAGUUACCGUCACAGGAACAAACUUUGGUCUAAAUGAAGAAGAAAUCACUGCAUUUGUUGGUCCAAAUGAAUGUGAUAGUAUAGAGGUCAUAACCCAAAACUCGUUUAUUUGUAAUGCACCAACUGGAAGAGGUAUGGGUCACCGAGUAAAGGUUCAAAUCGGUGACCAAGUGGCGCUCUCUUCUCAAACACUCAAUUACGCCAAACCUUCAAUCUACCAAGUUAUCGUCAAUGGAACCUAUCCAACUGGUCCAACCAAAUUUUUCUGGAUUGUCGGAACUGAUUUUGGUACAACUCAAUCAGAUAGAACUGAUAUCCAUGUUUAUUUCAAGCAUCAAGAUACAAAACUCAAAGAACUUCACACCAAACCAGCAGAUUGCAAAAAUGCACUGGAGUUAUGCCAAGAUUUCCCUUUUAUUUAUUAUAAGUCUUUUAGUCGAAAACCUCAAGACGGUGAGGAGGAGGUUUGGGUACCAUCCAAAGAUAUCGAACAAGCCAACAAAAAUGAACCAAAUUUGGAAUGUCUCAUUUGUUAUUUUGGAAGUGCAGUUGGAGCUGGAUGGGAGAUUGAAAGUGUCGAGUUUGAUGGAAGAAAAUCAGUUUUUAAUCAAUCUGCAAAAACAUUGGGUUACCUCAAAGAACUCAAAUAUUCUCUUCCAGUGGUCGACGAGGUGAAAGCAGAGAAUGGCUUGCCAACAAAUGGAGGUGAAACAUUCCGUCUCCUUUCCGAUGAAGGUGUAUUCCCUCCAAACGAAAUGCUCAACACUGAAAUCGACCAAGACACCGGUGUCCCUACUCCAACACAACGUUUUGAAAUUGACUCUACCUAUAGUAACAUGACAAUUGGUAGUUUUAAAGUCGAUUUUGAUCAUAUUAAUUGGAUAGACUCUAAAACAAUCGAAGCAACUUUACCACCUGGAUAUGGUGCCAAUUUACUUAUUAAAUUAUAUGUUGGUAAACAAUAUGCAGAGAGUAGAAAAAUUAGUUAUGAUCCACCUAGAUUAUUAGAAGGAUUAUUUGGAGGACCUGAAGAAGGAGGAAAUGUAAUUGAUAUUUUGGGAUACAAUUUCCUACCCUAUCAAUUUGUUCAUCAAUUUCAAACACCAAUCCCAUCAAUGACAGUAAAAAUCAAUGCAAAGCAAUGUCGUUCGGUUUUAUGGGUCAACCAUAACCGUGUUUUAUGUGAGGUACCUCCUGGAGUAGGAAAACAAUUGCAUAUUGAUGUGGUCGUUGGUGGACAAGAAACUAGAAUUGUCAACGAUUAUUACUCUUAUUAUCGCAACGAACCAGAACCUCCAAGCAUCUGGACCACGAUUUUCAUCACAGUUACAGUGACCACAACCGUCUCUGUUACUGGUGGGCAUAGAUUCUUGACCUACGGAGGUAACGCUGCUAAUUAUAACGGUUACCAACGAAUAGAACAAGAAGAUUUGAAUAAUGGUGAAAGGAGAUGGAUUGAACUAACGAGAUUUGGAUUUGAACGUCACGCUUCUGACUUGUUGCUCACCACACUUGCCGCCGAUGGACCACCUGAACCUGGAACUAUCGUUCUCAGCUUUGUCAUUCCACCAGGUGGUGGUCGAGUUGGGCACAGAUACGUUGAUGGUCUAUUCCGUAGUCCCCUCAACACAUUAGUCUCUUACAAAUCACCCGUCCUGACCAACGUCAAUUUCAUGCAAUUGGGGUACCUCUUACGACUACAAGGUUCAGACUUGGGUCUUCCUCAAUUCCGCGGUGAUAUUUCCAUUCAAGUUGGUACUACCAAGUGUGCUCUUCGUAGCAUUUCAACGGAUGCUGCAACGGCCACAUGUUACAAUUUCAAGACGAUUUGUACGAAAAAUCAACCAGAUCUGGUUGUUACAAUCACCUUUAAGAGACAAACAUCCAACUUUUACACUUUACCACCCAAUCCAAGUUGUUCCGACGACCAAGUUGAUAAUCCAAGACCAUCUGUCCCAACACUUGUUAUCGUCGCCGUCAUCGCCGUUCCCCUUCUUAUCGGUGCUGCAUGUAUUAUUUUUGCACCUGAAUGCCUUGCCUUUGCCCUUACGAUUUCAGGUUUGACAAAGGGAACAUCAACAGCCUUUACCAUCAUUUAUGGUGUCUUUACCGUAUCACAAUUAACAAAUGUUAUUAAUGUACUCACUAUCCUAACAAGAGAAGAGUUUAUUGUUAACGGACCAAAUGUAAAAGUUGUAGUUAAAAGUGGAACAGUCGUUAAAACUUAUUAUUCUGGUGAAACAAUUCCAGCCCUCUCAGAUCCAUUUGCAGUUAUUGAAAUUUAUGAUUUAGGAUUAUUUUCAACAGUACCAUUAAUACCACAAGAAGGUGUGCCAAUUUAUUUGGAAUCAAUUUAUUAUACAGUUCCACAAUAUUAUUUAGAUGGAAUGGAAAUGACAUGUUCAAAUGUUGAAGAUAUUACAACUACUCCUUCAACAGUGAUGACUCAAUGUUUGGUACCACCAUAUGUUGGAGGAGACCUUACCAAAGAGGUUGUAGUAAAAUUGGGUGGAAUUGCAAUUUCAGAGACCUAUUCAAUUACCUAUGAAGGAGAACCAAAACCUCUCCCCUAUGUCGAUUAUUUCAAAGGAAGAGUUUAUUAUGAUCAAAACAACAACAAUAUUUUCAACUCUGUCUUUGAUCGCCCAGCUGAAAAGAUUAUUAUUCAAAUCAAACAAGGUUCAACAGUGGUAGCUCAAACAAUGACCAAUAUGGAUGGUUAUUAUGCAUUCCCCAGUGUCGAUGUUACUUCGAUGACACCCAAACCAACUCUCUAUGUGUUACCAAGCCAACAACAACCAGAACACCAUGUAACCCAACCACUUUCGUUUAUCAUCCCAAGAAACAACCUCCGAGUAAAAGCAACUUUUUCAGGAACUGAUAUAGCUUUACUCGUCGAGUUACAAGAUUAUGGGUGUCAAGGAACUACAACUACACCACCAUCAAACAACAUUGCACCAAACGAGAAUGUCGAAUUACAAUAUGGCCUUUAUCAAUAUACUUAUGGUACUGAUGGAUUGAUUCAUCCAGGUAUGACAUUUUGGCCAUCAUUCCAAUCGUAUUGUAUGAUGACAUUAUUUGAAAAUUAUUUCUUAAUUGGUUAUAAACAUAGAUAUGAUUAUCAAUUUUAUUUUGAUAUAAAUUCAAAUGGUAAGAUGGACCCAUCAGAAAUUGGAUUGGAGUAUUAUAUGCCUAGAGCAUUGAUUAAAGCAAUAUCAAAUCAACCAAAAUUAUUAAAGAGAGAUAUAGUGGUUGAUAGGGCCACAAGAAAGACAUGGGUUGAUUUUGCAGCCCACACUGAUCUAUAUUUCUACAACGAUAUGCCAUCGGAAAUCACAAACUACACCAUUGCUCUCAAUGGAUACGGUUUGUCCAUCCCAAAUCCAACAGUCGCCACUCGUUUAACAGUAAACGUCCCAAUGUUUAUCGAAAAAACACUUGUUACAAUGUUUGGCAAAAGUAAUGGAUUAGUUACAGACUUUUCUCUAUCAUUGCCAUUUGGUUUAUUCAAAACUACCUACUUUGACAAUAUGAGACCAUUAUUUGCAUUUAAUCAAGCUGUCAUUAAACUUGAUUCAGAUGGUGAUAUUCUUGUUAAAGUUUUUAAAGAUCUCGAUGGUUCCUUGGUUGGAUCUUAUCCAACAGGUUCAUCAUCAGGUAUUCAAGAAUAUACAAUUCCUUUGGUUGGUCAUAAUAUUGAGGUUAUUGAUAAAUCAAUUUUUACCAAAGUACAAAGAGUUCAAGGAUUAUUAACAAUUGAAAUUACAGAUAGAUUCAAUAUAUUUAGAAAUGUCAGAUAUAUUAUGGAUGGUGAUGAAUUGGAAUGCCAACGAUUCGUAGAUGCACCAACCAUUUGCCACCGUGAAAUUUUUGGUGAUGAAGAUGUUGUCAUCAUGACAUCAAUAUCAAUUAUUCUGGAUGGUAAUCAUUUAUCACAACCCUAUUUCUUUACAAUUAUGCCUUCUGAUCCAACAAGUUAA